AAACGGCGUGACAGAGAGAGAGAGAGAGAGAGAGGUGGGAACGCUGCAGGUGCGACGUAACGCGAGACUCCGCACGGAUUAAGCCGAAAUCUCACGCGCCUUGCCUCGCGAGCUGAGCGGCACCGAGACGAUGGGCAAGCUGCAGGAAUUCGAAAUUACGUUCAGCCACAACAAAGUGGUGUACAGCCCGGGAGAGACCAUUUCGGGAACGCUGAGGAUCAUCACCGCCAACUCGCUGCAGUACAAGGCCAUCAAGUUGAACUGUGUGGGCUCCUGUGGCAUCUCCAGCAAGAUGAACGACACUUCCUGGGUGGCGGAGGAGCAGUAUGUCAGCAGCAUGCUCUCUGUGGCUGACAAAGGAACCCUUCCAGCCGGAGAGAACUGCUUCCCUUUUCAGUUUCUCAUACCAACACACGCUCCCACUUCAUUCGAGGGUCCGUUCGGGAAGGUCGUGUACAGAAUCAGGGCUGUUAUAGACACGCCACGCUUCUCUAAGGACUACAAGUCUCAGAGACCCUUCUACCUACUCAAUCUCUUGAACCUCAAUGAGUUGCCUGAUAUAGAGCAACCCAGUUGCGCUGUAACAACUAAGAAGUUCAACUACUUCCUGGUGAAGACGGGGACCGUGAUGCUGAGAGCUCACAGCGACCUGAGAGGAUACACUCCAGGCCAAAUCAUCAAACUGUCCACCGAGAUCCACAACAAAUCAGGAAAAGACACAGGCUAUAUCCUGGCUAGUCUCAUACAGAAAGUGACCUAUAAGAUGAAGAGGCCGCUGUUUGAUUUGCGGACCAUAGCGGAGGUAGAGGGGGCAGGUGUCAAAGCGGGGAAACACGCAGAGUGGAAGGAGCAGAUCAUCGUUCCUCCUCUUCCUCAGUCUGCCCUCGCUGGCUGCAGCCUCAUAGACAUCGAGUACUUUAUCCAGGUUUCACUAAAGUCUCCCGAGACGGUGGUGACUCUGCCCAUCUACAUCGGAAACAUCGCCAUCAACCUGACCCCCACGAGACCGCCUCCUCCAAACCCCCUUCAGCACGGAGCUGCGAUGGCCGCCAUGCCGAGCCUAAGCCCUGGACCCGUGGUACCGAGUGCGCCUCCGGCUGAGGACGACGAGGAUGAGGUGCAAGGAGCAGGAGCGCUAAGCAGCGAGGAAAUUCCUACUAAGAGUCACUCCCAGCAGGACCCCUCAGGCCAGGCCAUCGCCAUGUCACCUGGUGCAUUCAGUCACACUCCGGCCCAAGCUCUUCCUCAGGGUCAGCCAGGCCAGUCAGCCGAGAGCUCGGCACCGCUUUUCUGUGUCUCCACGGGGGCCACCAUUCCCUUUUUCACCGACGGCAACGCCACACCUGUACCCACAACCUGCCCUCUCAUUCUGCCUCCAGAUUAUAGCAACUGCGAAUAUCCGCAUGAACCACCUCCUACAUAUGAGGAAAGCUGCAGCAGUACCAACUCCAGCUUCAACACCAGCAUGACGUAGAUGACAACACUGGGAAAAUGCCUCUCAGUCAAUCUGCAACUUCCCCUGCUGGACACUCCAGGCAUUGCCAUCCUCCCCAAAUAUGACCAAACGUAUUUAAAGGGAACUUGUCCAUUUUUUUUUUCCACUCGAUUUAUAGAAACGAUAUUCCUCGCUCCUUGGUGUGGAGAAAGGGUCUCUGGAUCAGUGCCUAAUCAUGGUCGCAAUCCUGAACUCUGAAACCUGCAUCUGUGAUGCGGUGACAAACGAUAUACGAUACACAGGAUGUGCGUUUGUUAGCCAAGGCUGGCCUUCUGCGACGCUUGUCCCAAAACACACGCUUGUCCGAGUUUCCGAAAGCCCCGUGGUCAAUCUGAUGCUGAUCUGUGAACAUUUCCUCAGGCCCUCCUCAGGCAAUGGCAGGAGGACUCGUUAGAUUUUGAUCAGCACAGUUUCGAGAAAGAUAAAGCUUGCAUACUGAUCCGAGUCUGAAUUUUGUGCAGUCACUGAAUUUUUUUCCCAAUGUAUAUAAAUAUAAAGUAGCUCAUUAUGAUAUUAUUAUUAUUAUUAUUAGAUAUUGGUAUUGAAGGCGUUCGGCAGGACGACUGAGAACCAGCUCUUAUUAUGUAAACACCUGCAUCAGAGGUGCCAACAUCUACGAUUUUCCUGUUACCAUAGCAACAGCACUCGCUAAAAGUCAUCUGAGUGAUUUCCUUCAUUAUAAACUAGUUCAAACAUACAAACUCUUAGUCCCAGAUGUGAAUAUAAACAAUGUUGAGUCUGUAUCAAUACCACAUUUAUUGCAGGAAGCAUAGAUUGCUCUAGAAGCGGGGCCAUUGAAAGUGGGCGGGGCAUCAUGGGCGGUUUUGUUAGUCAUCGUUUCUUACCUAUAUGUGAAAAUGAAACACUUGAGCACAUGUUUGUAAGUUCUCAUUCAUAACCACAGACUUCCUGUGUAAACGUCAUCUUUAAUCCACAGGUCUGCAUAGCAAUGUCAGCGAGUAUGGCUAAUAAAAGUAAAACAUAAAGGUAUUCACGAGUACGGAGAAGUGAAAAGAGCAUGCAGAGAAGAGAGCGGUUCUGUUGUUCCGAGCACUGAGUACCGAGUCGGGUCUUUACUUUGCUCAGUAGUCAAGUAAAUUGAAGCAAAAGAGCCAUGGCCUACAGUAAAAAAAAAUAAAAAUAAUAAUCUUUAUAUGAUUAGAAUUCACUUCGAAUAUAAAAGAGCUGUGUUUCAGUCUAAAGAUAAACUAGAUGUUUGAUAGAAAUUUAUUAUUAUUCAUAUUACUGUUAUUAUUGUUCUUUCUAAUAUUAUAGCUGUGUGUGGUAAGUGUUUAGCAGAAUUAUUUUAAAAUAUAAAAGACUAAAACUUCACUUAUUUUUUCCUAAAAAAAUUUUGAUUCGGUUACUGGCAAAUAAAGCAAAUGAAAAUGAAGGCCAAAUCACUGAAGGGGAAAGGACACAGAGGUGUGAAAGAUGCGUAUUUCCUACUGGAAGGGAAUAGCUUAACUUCACGCUGACUUUAUCUACUCGGAAUUCACGAGCCAAUCCAGAAACCGAGAAACAAAUUGCUUACAGCUGAGUUUUGAAUUAAGAGCCUCCUUUUCCGCUUGAGUAGAAGGUGUUUUUGGGGGUAAAUCCUGCUCGGAUUGUUCCCGUUAGCAAUGUUGGCACCUCUGCUGCGUAUCGACUACAUGCAUAUUUUUUCCUUCUUGAAGAUUUUACGAAGCCCUUCGAUGUUAUCCCAUUAUUCAGAUAUGUUUAUGAAAUACAUGAAUUUUUUCUCUAUUUAAAUGGAAUGAAAAUAUUUCUGGAAGAGAAGAGGAUUUUAAAAUAAAGACCACGUAAUGUUAAAGAAUUUUUUAUUUAAAAAAAUAUAAAAUCUCCUCGCCAUUUCGUAGGUCAGGUUUCUGCAUGUGUUUAUAAAAAUUGACUGAGAGUCUCGGAACAAACCAGAAGAUGUUUCUUUAGCUGGAAUGAAACGCCGAAUGUUCGUGAACCCAGGAUAUACAGGAAAAAAAAUUUCAAUGAAUUUACAAUUGAGGAAGUUUCAGCAUGAAUUCCCAGAGGCCUUAUCCUGCGAUUGCUGUGUAAAACUCUGAUGGUGUUUCUCCAGUAUUUUAAAACAUGUAUUAACCCUUAAGACCCUUAAACUGUUCUCUCUUUUUUUUUUUUAGAAGCUGAAGCACAAAAUGGCACUUUUUUAAAUAGGAUUUGACUCUUUUGUGUGUGUGUGUGUGUGUGUGUGUCCUCCUUCAACCCCUUACAUAAAAUCAGUUGUAGAUUUACUUUACUGUGAUUUUUUCUCUCAUUAUAGCAACUCUUCUGUUUUUUGUUUUUUUUUCUUCUUCAGAUAUUCAGUCAAACACGUUACUCAGUUAUAUUUUCGGAAUCAAACAAAAGUUAUUGCAUGAAAGAGUCUGUCCAUUCCUCUCAUUUCUUUCCUCUGUGUAUAAUUUUCAGUACUGUGAGAAGGAGAAAAAUCGAAAAAGUCUCACAUUUUAAUGAGACUACGCUGGUUGAUCAUCUUUCUAAGCAAAUCACUGUGUUACAAUGCAGCCUCUCCUCAGAUUGUAAAAAUAAAUAAAUGAAUGAAUAAAUAAGGAUUAUGAUUUGAUGACGGAAUUAAAAAUACAAGGGUUGGUAACGGGGGAGAGAGAUAAUAUAUGGGAAAAUUUUAAUAGUUAUAAAGAAAUAUUUUACAUGAACUCAGUUCUAGAGACCAGUCUAUUCUGUUCUAUUCUAAGUAUUAAAGACCUUAUUUGAUGUUUUAUUUUUAAACCUUACACAUCUCGGACACCUAAAAGUCACGGAGGUUUUAACAAGAGUAAAGGUUUUAGAUUUGUAGCGAACUGAUUUGAAUCAAAACGGUGCUCUGUAAGCUCCACUAUGCUAGAACAUUUGACAGUUCUUCCGUUUCCAUUCAAGCUCUACAUGGCCUGAUGUAGCAAACUGUCAUCCAAAUCCAUAUUUUAUUAUAUUACAAAUCUAAAUUACUCUCAGAACUGUAGAACACUACACCGAUCAGACAUAACAUUAUGAGCAGUGACAGGUGAAGUGAAUAACCCUGAGUAUCUCCUCAUCAUGGCACCUGUUAGUGGGUGGGAUAUAUUAGGCAGCAAGUGAACAUUUUGUCCUCAACGUUGAUGUGUUAGAAGCAGGAAAAAUGGGCAAGCGUAAGGAUUUGAGCGAGUUUACAAGGGUUAAAUUGUGAUGGCUAGACCACUGGAUCAGAGCAUCUCCAAAACUUUAGCUCUUGUGGGGUGUUCCCGGUCUGCAGUGGUCAGUAUCUAUCAAAGGUCCUGUAAGUGUCCUUCGAGUCCUCAAAAUUAGUCCUCAAAUUACAGGACUUAAAUGAUCUGCUGCUAACAUCUUGGUGCCAGAUUCCACAGCACACCUUCAGGGAACUUAUAGAGUCCUCAAUGGGUCAGGGCUGUUUUGGCAGCAAAAGGAGGACCAACACAACAUUAAGCAGGUGAUUAUAAUGUUAUGCCUGGUUGGUGUAUAUAUCGAGUUCUUUCAUUUAGAUCCAAGGCACGCAUGCCAACGUCUACAACACAUGCCUUAAAUCUUGGAAUAGUAACUGUGGCAAAAGUGUGCAGAAAAAUGUCCGUUUCUGUCGUUAUGAUAAGAAAUCAAACAUGAUGUUAUAGGGAAAUGAUAAUAGACAAUGAGCAGAAGUGGGGCAUUAUUUUCCAGGAGCAGGACACUCUAAACAUCUUUUAUUCCUCCUUACUGUAUGCAAUUUUUUACAUUCGCAACAGUUAUCAUUUUAUUGUUAUUUUAUUUUGAACAACACAUUCGUUGUCUUUAUCUGUUUAUUGUUACAUUUAAUGUAGUGGAACAUCUGCGAAACAUGUUUAUCACCAGUCUAUUUGUUAAAGGUAAUAGGACAAAUAAAUAAUAAGUUGUUGGGAAAGCCCAAAGUCCAUUACGGAAAACUACAACUGACACUGGAGACAAAAUGAAUGAAUGAAUGAAUGAAUAAAUAAAUAAAUAAAUAAAUAAACAAACAAACAAACAAACAAACAAAC